CUUGCCGCUGGCCGCGGCCGCCCGGGCCCGGGGCGGGGCCGGGGGAGGGCGGUCCCGGCUGCACCGCCCCCGUCUCCGCUCGGCUUGGGCCCGGCGUGGGGCCGCUGGCGGGCGGGGAGCGCCAUGGCGCUGGGCUCGGCGUGGAAGCAGAUGUCGUGGCUGUACUACCAGUACCUGCUGGUCACCGCGCUCUACAUGCUGGAGCCCUGGGAGCGCACCGUCUUCAAUUCCAUGCUAGUUUCCAUUGUUGGAAUGGCACUGUACACAGGCUAUGUGUUCAUGCCUCAGCACAUCAUGGCAAUAUUGCACUACUUUGAAAUCGUGCAGUGAUGAAGAACAUGUUUUCAAGAAGUAACCGGGCUUUGAAAUCUGGUCUACAAAGAAGAAUGAACCUCUUAGUUUUACCAAGAUUUCUACCGAUGUCCGAAAGACACAAUUAUGACUCUGAAGACUAGGAAAUGAGAUGUGUAGAACAGGGACGUGAGAUGUCCCGUGUUGUGUUCAUUCCCUUUAAUUUUACAAGAUAUGCCCUUGUAUAGUAGUUUUGUCUACUUUAACAUCGUGAUUGUACUUUGAUAUCAGUAUUUUCUUAACUUUGUGACAGUUUCAAUAUUGCACUGUGAAAGCUUUUCUUAAUUGUACUUUUGAGUAAAUCUUAAUUGCCUUCUAUUUUUAAUCAGAAAGUCAUCUUAUUAAAUGGGGCUUAAAGCUUUUGCUAUUGUAUGGUAUGUAUUUGCCUGGAUAUUUCUAUUAACGCGUUUUGUAAGAAAAUACAUCUAGAUUGAUAUUAGAGACAUGGAUAUAUUAGUCUAAUCCAAUUUACAAAAGCUAGUUUGUAUGAAUGAACUCAGGUGUACUGUUCGCUGUCCAAACUUUGUUCAACAGUAUAUUUGUGCAUAUCACCUAAAUUUGGAAUUAGUAAUUAUUUCAAAUUUCUGUAUUCUACCUGUGGGAGGAGGGAGGGGGAGAUGAGGCAUUGAAGCAGAGUGAAGACUGCAUUAUUAUGUUUUUUAGUAGUGCUGUGGUUCUGGACUCUGUCUGGGUGGGGGGGAAAUGGACUUUACUGGCAUUGGCCCACAUAUGGCUUUGGGAUAGCACUUUAAAUCAACCGUUUUUCUAGCUAUCAAUUCACUUUUACAGGAUGCUUUAUUAUGUUCCAGUGGCUAUGGUUUCUGCUGGUUUUCACUCAACAGUGUAACUAUGUCUAGGUUUUCAAGGGGUUUUCUAUUGCUGCUAGUGUUCCAAACAUGUUUUCGCUACAAACGACCAAAACAUAGGGAUUUCAAGGGACUUGAGUUACAACUACAGCAAUAAGUAGCUGAAUACUUGGCUGAAGUCCUGUCUUUUUUUUAAUAGGGAUUUUUUUCAGUUUUGUAUUCUGAAAUGUAAGAGGGUAACAACUUAACUUUCCUAAGUGGACAAUUUUUUUGUUGUUGUUGUUGUUUAAAAAAUAAAAGUUAAAAAGCAGAGCUUUGAUGCAAAA